GCAUUCUCUAUCCUCCAAAACUAUGCUUGACGUCUCUCAAGUCAUUCAUCCAGCAUCAGCGGAGUUCCGCGGAAUAUCGUUUCUCCGCACUGUCCAGCACUCGACGACUUGUCUACUUCUCGGUUGUUGCGAUUUCCCUUCUGCCUCAGUACUAUAGACACAUACACAAGACACACGGCGAGCUUUGUCUUCCUUUCUAGCCGGUUGCAGAAGAUUCCCCUUGCUUCAUAAUGUCAAUGUAGGGUAUUAUUCGUACAAUACAGUGUUUUCCGCCCUCGUUCUCAUCCAAAAUUGCCUCUUGCGAUCAUGCCUUCAAUCGCCAUGCCCUCUCUUUCGUCUCUCCUGUCAUGGCGCACGCUCGCACUUCUCUUCGCCCUGAUCAAUCUCAAAUCGCUGCCUUUGGCCUGGCACGCGCGCCUCUUCUAUCGCAUGUUCGCGAACUGGUACACGGAAGCGCGGGUCAAGCGCAGCAUAGAAUCGCAGUCAGAGUUGUCGGACUCGGUCCACCCUCUUUUCGAGCCCGUGUCCAUUUUCUCGCGCUCGCCGCUCCUCGAGACGGACUACAACCUGCAUAAAUCGAACAGCACCUAUUUUCUCGACCUGGACGAAAGCCGGACGGUGCUCAUGACGAAGCUUUUGGUCCCGGGCUUGCAACAGGGGGAUAAGGACCUCCAGCGCGAAGGCCACAAGGGGGCUUUGAACGUGAUAUUGGGUAGCGUCCACACGUCGUUCCACAAAGAGAUCAAACCGUACGAGCGCUACGAGGUCCGCUCGAGGAUACUCGCGUGGGACAGUAAGUGGAUUGUCGUGGGCAGCUGGUUCAUCCGGCCCGCGUCGCGGAAAGGAAGGCAAGAAGUCCUCCUUGCGUCGGCGCUGAGCAAGUACGUGGUGAAGAAGGGCAAAUUCACCGUGUCCCCAGAGCGGUGCUUUGCCACGGCCGGGUGGCUGCCGCGCAGGCCAGCGAACUCCAAUGCCGGCGCAGACCGACAGGACAAACCCGAGACGAAAGAGAUAUCUUCAUGGUCGUCGUCGUCGGAAGAGUCAGAGCCUACGACAACGCCGCCCCAGAACCUUCCUCCCACCGACGCCGAGAACCCAAGCACCACCAACCAGUCCUCCGAACCAUCGCUGAUCCCGACGCCUCAAGAAGGCCCUCUCGCGGCCCCGAUCCCCGAACCCGCGACGCUGCGCGGCACCGACACCGUCGUCGAAAAGCUCGAGACGGCAGCCGCAAAGACCGGCGCGGCCAUCUCGUCCUCGGCACCCCUCGCGCCGCUCACGGCGGCCCGCGACAAAGCGGGUGGCGAGUGGGACUGGCACAGGAUCGAGAUGGAGCGGAUCCGCGGACUGCAGGUGGCGCAGAACUGGCUGGCGCUGGACAGGGAGCUGAUGCACGAGUUCAUCAGGGGCUAGCAUCCUCUCGGGCCCGGCAGGUUCAUGUUCUUGGGCUGGGUGAGCGACGCGAUAAGACGGGGGAGCGAAUGAGGAUCGCACGCCCUUUUCCCCAGGUUCUGCGGGCAAGUUGCGGGUUAAGGGGCGUGGGCAUUCCCGAAUGUUCGGGUCUGCUUUGACUGGUUGGUUGGCUGACUAACUGACGAAUAUCUGGGGAUGGAGGCCGCGUCCAGGUCCGUGCUCGGGUCUGGAUCUGAGGCUCCUUUGGGGCCAGUGCCGCAUUGAUGAUACUGUACCAAUAUAAUAGAAUGGUGGUGCAUAGCGCUCACAGCAGAGCAAGCGACGGCGUUCCAGGCGCGUUAGAUGUUAGAUAUCAAGAUGUGAAUAUGCAUGUGUGCUCA